UAGAGGCUGCGCGCGCGCAAGGCGGUGUGUCGAUAUGUGGUGCGUGUGGUUCGUUGCGUGUUUUUCUACGGUGAUCGCCAGUGUUGUUGAUAUCAAUGACACGGUGUUGGCGACGCUGCCUCCCCUGUACGGGCUGGAUGAGUGGGAACAGUGCCGGCGGCCGGGCGACGUGUACUGCAUCGUCGACGCCGCGCUGCACUCACGGGAACCAUCGCCUACUAUGAUGCUGUUAACGGACUACUCGAAACAGUCUCUGAAACACUACAACCGCACUCAGAUCCAUCGCGGCGUGUGUGUAUCGAGGUGUGGCCGGCAGAAUGGGACGGCUGGCUGGCAGGAGGCGGCACAGGGAUGUGUCAAUAACAGUGUGUCGCAGUAUGGGCUCGAGGCGGAAGUAUUAUCAGUGGACUGGUGUAUGUCUGCGGACUCUCCUCCAGAGAGCUCUGGUCCAGGCCGGUCGCUAGCCGUCAUCUGCACCAUGCUGGUGGCCCUGGCCUGCCUCGCCACUGGGGUGCACGUGUUAGGCGACCGCUGCGCCAAGGCUGAGUGUAACAGGUACUUGCUAGCAUUCUCAUUGAAGCGUAACUUUGAUAUUCUGACGUACGACCGCUGCAAGCCGAGGACAGACGACCGUAUGAAGGAUGUGGCGUGUAUCGAAGGGAUUAGGUUCCUUGGAAUGCAAUGUGUGAUCUUCUCCCACGUGAUGUUGAUCUACAUCUACUCGUACAUUGACAAUCCACAGUUCAUUGAAAGGAUGUACGACCACUUCACCUGGCAAGCAGUGCUGAACUCUCCAUUGUGGCUGCAAGCUUUCUUCGCGAUGUCUGGCUUUCUCACUGCGUACGCUACCCUCGUCUCCUCACCCACCAAACCUAUCACCUUCUUCAAAUGCGUCAUGUCCAUUGUGAAUAGAUGGAUCAGGUUGACACCUCUAGCGGUGUUCGCGCUCUGGUUUACUGUGGCAUGGUUCCCACUGCUGGGCGCUGGACCGCAGUGGUCAUGGCUGGUGGAGAGAGAGGCACAUGACUGCUCGGAGAGAUGGUGGUACCACGUGUUGUAUGUGCACAACCAUCUGCCCACUGGCAAGUUCUGCAUGGGACAUACUUGGUACUUGGCAGCAGACAUGCAGCUCCAUAUCAUCGGAGUGUUCCUCCUGUUGGCUUUGAUGAGGUACAAGAAAGCAGUCAUCCCGGUGUUGAUGCUGUUCAUGGUGGGAUCCUCGGUAGCAGCUGGUCUGGUAGUCUACUUCUACCACCUUACACCUAUCGUUACUGCACAGACGCCAGAGGUCCUUCGCAACAUGUUCGCGGGUUCCAAGAUCCUGACGUUGCUGUACCUGCCAUUCUGGAUGAACCUUCCAGGCUACAUCGGAGGCAUCGCCACUGCCUUCAUCCUCUACCACAACAACAUCAAGGGAGAGAUUAAACUUAAAGACAGCAAGUGGUUCAACAUGCUGUUCCACUCAGCACUCUUCCUGGGCAGUGCGGUGUUGCUGGCCGGUACUAUAUUCCUGUCAGAUUCCCCGCUACCUCAGUGGGCAUCAGCUCUUUACGCUGCCAUCGAUCGACCCCUGGUCGCAACGUUCUUCUGCAUUUUCAUGCUAGGCUGCUUCUCCAGAUGUUGGUCUAUGAUUCGUGACGGGUUGGAGUGGCGUGGCUUCCAUAUCCUCGGUAGGCUGUCGUACUGUGUAUUCCUCAUCCACUUCAUUGUGCUGAGGAUCACUCUUGCCAGUAACACUCAGCUGGGACACGCCACUGUGCUCUCUAUGCUAUCCCUGCUAAUAACAUCAUCAGUGCUGAGCUACAUCGCAUCAGUUCCCCUGUGCCUUCUUGUGGAAUUGCCCCUCAUCCAGCUGUGGAAAGCCAUGACUGAGGGAGACGGGCCUGAGAGACGACCGUCAAUACCAGUGGAAGCUGCUGGAAAGUCAUUUGACCUGGUCUCACAAAUUAGAAGGAGGAAUGAUGCCUAGUGUGGGAAGGAUAAGUCUUUAGUGGUGGGCAAACCUUUUUCAUGAGGAAUCAGUUGAAAAGUUUUGGGAGAAGGUCAGAAUACCUGAUGACACCACCAUCAGACCUCAUGCCUCUGUCACAUAAUUUAUUACUUCGCUGGUCUAACUGUCAUAUUUUGAUUGGACCAUCAGAAUAUCAUAUUGCAAGCCUUUGCAAGCCAAAAACUGUUGGCAGCCUGAAUUAAAUUCUUCAUGCAAUUUCAAGUGAAGUUUGCCCACCACAGUCUUAGAAGAAGACUUGAUUACACUGCCUUUUGUAAAUAUAGUUAAGGAUCCUAUUUUUAUGAUUCUUGUUAGGCUUUUGUUGUGUAAUACCUUUAGCUUUAUGAAAAUGAGAUGAAUGAAGUGGAAAUGAAAUCUAAUGAGAUUUACUGAGAUUAUCGAGGAUUUUAGAAUUUGAGUUUAAAUAAAGACUUUCUAAGAGCUGAAGACCGAGCUCAGUGGCGUGCCAUGGGAGAGGCCUAUGUCCAGCAGUGGACGAAUACAGGCUGAUGAUGAUGAAAGACUUUCUAAUUGAUAUUAUGAGACGAGAACAUGACAGGAAUGUGAAUUUUUAUCACUUUGUUUAAAGAAUAGUAAUGAAGUUUUUAAGUUUUUACUUAGAUACUGAUGAUAGGAAAAAAGCUCAUUUUCGUGAUCUUUUGAAAAUUGGUUUCAAUAAUAUACCGAUUAAAAUAAAUAAAGAAUUUCUAAGGGACCUCUUGACGUGGCCCUGUUUGUGCAGACGACAUCUAGUCUAUGUUUUUUAUGUUAGGUAUUGUAACUGCACUUUUAGGUAUAAGUUUAUUAAAUGUAAGUACUAAUUAACUGUAGUUAGUUACUAAACACAAAUGUUUUUAUAUUAAAAAUGUUUAUAAUUAAUAAAGA